UACGGUUAUUCUUUUGAGCAUGCGCACAAACUUUGAAACAUUAGCCGCGAACCCGUCUGUUAUUGCACAAGAUGAAGCCAGCUCGAGGUUCAUCCAGAGCAUCAACACGGGGUCCUAAAGGCGCAGGGCGGACUGGGAAACACUUACAGCAAAAACCAUUGCCUGAUGGUGAGAGUGCACAAGACAAGGCAAGAAAGAAAGCACCUGCAGAGCUGAGAAAGGUGAAAGGUCAGGAGAAAUGGAAACCAUUGGACAAGUCCUCAAUCAUGAUCCUCGACAACAUGCUGAGUUUGUCAAUUCUAUCUGUUCUUACAAUGAAAUCAAAAGAAAAGGAGGAAUCCCAGAGGCACCUUAAUUCCUUGAAAGACCAGUUCCUAGCUAAAUGUUCUCAACUCCCUGUGCCACCUCAGAAACAUGGAAAUUUGAUGCAAGUGUCCCAACAGUUCCACACUGAGAACCAGAAGGUUAACCAGGGCAAAAAGAAACUUGAGGCAUUAGAGGAGAGCAGCCAGGUGGUGGUUAGCCAACUGGAGCAGCUGCAAGGAAAGAUGGACUGUUUGGAGCAUGAGUGCAGGAGCAUGAGGGACAAACUGGAGGAAGAAGAGUUAAAUGCACAAAAGUUUAUUCAGCUGACUGAACAAGCUGUUCUGCAUCUUCCUGCUUUGCCACGUUAUCCUGAAAAUGAGCCCACGUUACAGGAGAUCAUCAUGAAAGUAGUACCUGAUCCCAAAGCUGUCAUGAAGGCUCUUCAGAAAAGAAAAGUCACUGGGAACGUAAACGCCUUUUUGGAGUUGGCACAUAAGCAGACGGAUCACCUGUGAGUCACUCUGUAACUCCAAACAAGUGGAUCAGUGUUUGCAGAUGAUUGUGUGUGUGUUUUUUUUAAUGAACAAAAGUGUACAUUUUUCUUAUUUAAAACAUUGUUGGCUCAGUUAGAAAUCACCAUCCUUGUUUAUUACAAUAAGAUGAUCAUAAUUCGGUAGAUUUCAUAUAGUAUUAACGUAAAAGUCACUGAUAAACACAUGCAAGUAUAUAAGCAAAAAUAACAUGACAUUAGCAUUUAUAGGCAACUGAAUUUUCACGCUUUUUCUAGUGCAGUGUAUAAAUACACAGCGGCGUAUAACUAUAACUACUUUCUUGGUUAAAAUGAUUGUAAAUAUACUGACUUAUUAUUAAUCAUACAUUUACAAGACAUGUAUUUGUUUGAUGAACUUGUCUAAGUUAAACGUGUUUUUGCUCUGUUUGGUUUAUAGUUUAUUCUGAUUGAAAUUGAAAAUGAUUAUUAACAGUUGGACCAUUUUACUUAAAUAAAUCGUAAUGUCCAGUUCUCGCA